UAAAGUGCAAGUAAAACCUCCAAAUCGUCGACCAUGCAACGUUUAAUUUUAUUUCUCGCGUUAUUCAUCACCGCAAGCUUCGCCGUGCCGGCACCUCAGUCAGACGAUUCCAAAGCAGAGACUACUCGUUUGGAGAGUGAGAACAAUGGCGUGGACAAGUACUCCUUCGCCUAUGAGACCAGCAAUGGCAUCUCUCGCAGUGAAGAGGGCGAACUGAAGGGUGGCGGCGCCGAGGGUGAGGGAAAUAUUUCUGUACAAGGUACGACCAGCUGGACAGCACCCGACGGCAAGAAGUACGAACUAAGCUUCACCGCCGAUGAGACGGGCUAUCAUCCGACAUUCAAGCUAGUCGCCUAGCCGCAUACUUACAAUUACAGUUCAGAGCUUAUAAAUCUGUUUGUGUAAUAAACGCAAUGAGCAUUAAA